CACAUACACUGCAAAUAUGGCAGAUUUCGCACCACCACCAGGUCCCCCACCACCAAGAGUGCCCGAAGGGUGGAAAGCAAUUUGGAACCCUCAAUACUCCGAGUGGUUCUUCGUCAACAUCUACACCAAGCAGUCGCAAUGGAACAAACCAGAAGAGGCCGUCUUCCCGCCGGGCGAGGGAGCUCCCCACGGCGCCCCGCCCUCGUACGCCCCAGGCGGCCAUCCCACAUCAGCAACCGACAAGGGAAGCUACGGAAGCAACAACCCCUACGGAAACGUCAGCGAAGACGAGAAGCUAGCCAGGCGACUACAAGAAGAAGAGCAGUCGCGCGGAAGCGGUCACCAGGGAGCGUCUAGCGACUUCUACAACCAGUCGGGCGCCCCGGCCGCGUCGGGUUACGGCGCCCAGCAGAGUUACCCCCAGCAGGGUGUGCAGCAGUCGUACCCCCAGGCUCAGACUAUGCAGCAGGAUUCUGGCUCGGCGGGUAAGGCGAAGGGGCUCAUUGGUAAGUUGCUCGGUGGGAAGCAUAGCUCCGGUGCGCCUAUGCAGCAGCAGCACGGUUACGGUGGUCAGGCUGCAUACGGUGCUCCGGCGGGGUACUACGGUGGUCAGCAGGCGGCUUACGGUCGGCCGGCGAGAAAACCUGGUAUGGGUGGUAUGGGUGCUGGCGGCCUCGCUCUGGGCAUGGGUGGUGGGCUGCUUGGUGGAGCUUUGCUAGGCAAUGCAUUGGGCGAUGCUGGAGAUGGUGGAGGAUUCGGCGGCGAUGGUGGCGAUGGAGGGGGCUUUGGCGGCGAUGGUGGUGACGGUGGAGGCUUCGGUGGUGACGGCGGUGGCUUUGGAGGUGAUGGUGGAGGUGAUUUCGGUGGCGGUGACUUUGGUGGCGGUGAUUAAACUUUGAUCCGAGUCGAACGUUUGGCUGAGUGCAGGCCAUUUGCUACCUACCAGUAUAUCCUAAGACUACUACCUAUGGCUUGGCGUAUCAGAAUUUGUGGCUUUGGUGAAGAUGUGCAGGUGUAACUUGUCAGUUAAAGAGAAUAUGAUAUGGCCCCUUGAUUAAUCGAAAUAC